AUGGCGUUGUCGUCAGACGUAUCGCCAGGAGCUUCGCCUGAAGAAUUGAACCAGUACUCUGUAAAGUUAUCUGCUCUCGAACUGAGGCUCGAUCACGAUCAUGAUAUUCAGGUUGGAGAGGGCUCGAACGCCCCAUGGCGCAGAGAAGUCGAGGAGUACAAGACUGCAUCGAAUGACGCCAUCGCCAGAGAACGCGCAUACCAGUAUUCGGUGAAGUUGUCCGCCUGCGAACUAAAGCUCAACCAGGAUCAGGAAACGAAGGCUGCACAGAAGCCAUUUUCUCAAAAUCUGCUAUUGGACGCAUCUGCCAGCUCCCGUGACUCUGACAUUGUGGAGCUUAACGUAGGAGGGACGCUAAUGAGCGUCACGCGAGCCACACUUCUUCGCGCUGGCCAGGGAUCAAGGUUGGCCGCGAUGUUUUCGGGCAAUGGGGAACAUAGGCACAUGCGUGAUCCGCAGGGGCGAAUUUUUCUCGAUGCUAAUCCGUAUUGUUUUGACAUGUUGUUGAGUUUUCUUCGUCUGAAGGGUUUUGAAGACCCAGAUGUGCCCACAGCUUUACCACAAGUUGCGGAGGACAGAACGAUUGAGUUCGCCACGUUGGCAAAAUAUUAUGCAGGGCCUUUGUUUGAGCCCGACGGUGAAUUAAAGCACGGGUCCAGUGCAACGACAUCGUCACCUGAUGGGGAUAAGUGUUGA